AUGGCAGACAAUGACACAAUUCUCAUCACCGCGGGUCCUUAUCAGUUCCUGGCCAAGUUCGAAUCCAAUGCACCAAAGACUGUGAACGUUUUUCGGGGCUUGCUACCCUACCGCAAACAACUGAUUCACGUGAGAUGGAGCGGCGAAGGAUUAUGGGUGCCGCUUGGAGACGAAAAUCUGGGUAUCAACUUCGAGAACCACACCACCCAUCCGUCCACUGGCCAGAUCCUCCUGUAUCCUGGUGGAUAUUCAGAAACAGAGCUGCUGUUUUGCUAUGGAGGCGUAUCGUUUGCGAGCAAGAUGGGCCCACUGGCUGCCAAUCAUUUUCUCACUAUCGUGGAAGGGAUGGAGAACUUAAAAGCGCUGGGUGAGCUCAUUCUUUGGAAGGGUGCGCAUGAUGUAUUGUUCGAGACGACGGACAGCGGGAGGUAA